UGUUUAAGAAACGGUUAAAAGCCAGGUGACGUAGGCUAGCUAGCGUUAGCUGUCAGCUGGGUUCAGUCGUUCGGCAAGAUGGAGGUGACACGCCGAAAUUUUAAGGAGAGUUUAAACGCGGUGUACAGUGCGUUAGAGGAGGCGGACUUCCUUGCCAUCGAUGGGGAGUUUUCAGGGAUAAGCGACGGUCCGAAUGUCAGUGCGCUCACCAACGGGCUGGACACUCCGGAGGAGCGAUACGCCAAGCUCAAGAAGCACUCCAUGGACUUCCUGCUGUUCCAGUUUGGAAUAUGUACAUUCAAGUACGACCAGGCAAAGUCAAAGUAUAUCACAAAGCCUUUUAAUUUUUAUGUUUUCCCGAAGCCGUUCAACAGGACGUCCCCUGACUUAAAGUUCAUCUGUCAGAGUUCCAGUAUUGACUUCCUGGCCAGUCAGGGAUUUGACUUCAACAAGGUGUUCUGUCAAGGAAUCCCGUACUUGAACCAAGAAGAGGAAGUCCACCUGCGGGAGCAGUCGGAGGACCGGAGACAUCAACAUGCCAACGGUGUCGGGACGCCGUCCUUCAUCUCCCCGUCCUCCAAAGGCCCCGCCCACGUACCCGAGGAACACAAAGACUUCAUCAACAGGGUGAUAGGGAAGGUCGAGGCCCUCUUGACGAACUCGGAGAAGAGUUUGGACUUGGAUCCGUGUACUGGGUUUCAGAGAAAGCUGAUUUACCAAACUCUGAACUGGAAGUUUCCCAAAGGGAUUCAUGUAGAAACUGUGGAAACGGAAAAGAAGGAUCGAUUCAUCCAAGUCAUCAAAGUAGAUGACGAGGAGAGGAAGAAGAGGGAACAGCAGAAACGGGAGAGGGAGCAGGAGGAGCUCAAUGACGCUGUUGGCUUCUCCAGGGUCAUCCACGCCAUCUCUAAAUCUGGUAAACUUGUGGUUGGCCACAACAUGCUGUUGGAUGUGAUGCACACCAUCCACCAGUUCUACUGCCCUCUGCCUGAGGAUCUUCAAGACUUCAAAGAGGUCACCAUGUGUGUCUUCCCGAGACUUCUGGACACAAAGUUGAUGGCGUCCACGCUGCCUUUUAAGGAGUUGAUCAGCAACACGUCUCUGGCAGAGUUGGAGAAACAGUUGAAGGCGAGUCCCUUCAAGUCGCCACAAGUCGAAACGGCCGAGGGCUUCCACAGUUAUGACACGGCCCAGGAGCAGCUCCAUGAGGCCGGGUACGACGCCUACAUCACCGGCCUCUGUUUCGUCUCCAUGGCCAACUACCUGGGCUCUUUCCUGACUCCACCCAAAGCGUACAUCUCCUCUCACUCCAAACUAGUCGAGCCUUUCUUCAACAAGCUUUUCCUGAUGAGGAUAAUAGAUAUUCCCUACCUCAAUGUCACAGGACCGGAUUUGCAACCCAAAAGAGACCACGUCCUGUUCGUCACCUUCCCCAAAGAGUGGAAGACGAGUGACCUCUACCAGCUCUUCAGUGCCUUCGGAAACAUCCAGGUGUCCUGGCUCGACGACACGUCGGCGUUCGUGUCCCUGAGUCAGACGGACCAGGUCCAGAUAGCGAUGAACACCAGCCGCUACGCCGAGAGCUACAGGAUCCAGACGUACGCCGAGUACAUCAAGGGAAAGCACCAGAACAAGGAGAAGCUCGAGCAGACGCCCAAAUCCUGGAAGGACGGCUGGAGGAAGCCUCGCUACGCCUCCGCUACUUCGGCUGCGACUUUUGGAUACCCCCGGGGUCUACGGAAACGCAGCAUCAGUCCCGUUCGGGGGGCGCAGUCUGCCGGAGACACGCCGGUCACCGACGGCUGGAGUAACUACGCGUACCCGGACAGCGCCAAGAAGAUGAAAACUGACGACCAAAGUGCAAACGCAGAGGCCAUCGAGAGCAAGACCUCGGCAGGCUGGCUGAAGACGGCAGACGCAUCCGACUCCACGGGGUCCAGCCCAGUCCCCGACGACGAGGCCGAAGUGGAGAAGGAGAGUCCCGAGGGCAACGAUGCCGAGGGGACGGUCACCUGGCAACAAGCCCCGGCAGUCCACGGGAGGAAGGGUCAGAAGAAAAAGAAGUCCAAAGACGCUGCAUCGACAACGUCGCUGUUCGAGGUGCCAGAAGUCUGGUAGCGGGAGGCGAGGGGAGGCCGCUGUCCCACCAGGAGUCUCUUCCUAAGCCCUUGGGGCGAUCUCCCGAGAGGCCGCACAUCGCCGGGAGCGGAGCGCGCCCACAACCAACCGGUUCACUCCGGUUCGCGCCGAGUCCGAAGCCCGCCCGCCGAGACCGGACUCCUGACGGAGAACACAAGCCAUAACAGCAGCUGCCAUAUUUUGAUCUCGUAUCGUUGCAGCGGGCCAACUCUUCACUAAAAUCUUUAAACUCUAAUCUCCAGACGGGUUCAGUCAUUCCGUGUUCAGACUCGACGCCGCCGCCACACUUUGACGGAGGCCUCAAAACGCCGAAUGCUUUCAGGCUCGUGUUGUGAGGCGUGAGGGAGACGGUCACCGUCUCCUCCGUGGAUCCUCACGACUCGGGAGACGACGCGCUGCCCGGCGGGUUCUGUAGUUUACAAUGUCUGGGUUCUAGUAUUUUAAUGCAGUCAAUUAUAUUAUUGUAUUCAUUUUAAAAUAAGUUCUGUUGAUUUAAACCGGUUUUAUCCAACAUGUAUAAGCUUAUCAAUGAUGUGAUCAUUAUUGGUGGAGCUUGUGUACAGAAUAAUUUUUCUUUUGUGUUCAAUGGUUUGUCACGUGUCAACCCCGCAACAAUGUCAAAGUGUGUUCUAAUGCAAAGAGACUUAAACUAUUUCCUUGGAAAGGGAGGGAAAAAAAUUAAAGAAUUUUUCUUACUA